GAACAAGUGAUAACCGUCGUAAUCCUGGUUCGAAGGACCUUCAAAAUAUGAUUGAGCAACCUCCGUUCCCGUCUGAAACCGUAUGGCAAAUGGCAUUAACAAGUACAAUUGCAUCAUCACUUAAAAUUCCAAUUGGUUUUGGAAAACGAAAACGAUUUGGAUCAGAAUAUAAGAAUUUAUUAGUAGGCCAGGGAGUAUCUUUGACAUGA